AUGCCGUUGAAGAAGAAGAAAGGAUUUCAGAAAUCCAUCAAAAUCUACUUCUCUAUGCUGAAGAAGGUGCCAAGAUCUCUCAGCCACCUUUCCUCCACCCCUUCUUCCUCCUCCGGCGGAAUUUUAUCCGCCUGUAAAUACCCCAAAACUCCUUCUUUCGCUGUUAACCGCACCGCCGCCGACGCCGCCGCCACCCUUUCCGAUGUCGACCGAUUCCUACACGAGAACUUUCAAUCCCUCUACCCACCGAGGCUGGCCACCUCCAGCUCGCUUGCAGAGGACGCCGGAGACGACUCCUCAGCGCCGGAGCCAUCAUCGCCGAUCUCCAGCAGCGGGGAGGCCGCGGAGGUUCCCGGCGGAGGGGUGGCGGUUAUGACAUUUUCUAAAGACCCUUACGAGGAUUUCCGUCGAUCUAUGGAGGAAAUGAUGGAUGCUCGUCACAAGGAUUCGUUGAAGCCGUUGGAUUGGGAUUUUAUGGAGGAGCUUUUGUUGUGUUAUUUGGAACUUAAUGAACGGGGCGUACAUAAACAUAUUCUGCGAGCAUUUACGGACCUAACGGUCAGUUUUCGCCGGAGGGAAGAGGAGAAGCAGCUGAAGGUUCCGGCGACAAGGCGGAGGAUUGUUAGGACGGAGGCUCUUGCGGUGGCAGGAAGGCUGUUUCCGGCGCCGAAGCACUAG